UAGAACUAGACUAGAACUACCCUAAUUGUACUGGAAAUAAAUGUGAAAUAGAAGUUGUAUUGAUUCGAUUGAUUGCCUCUAAUCGGCCGUAAUCCUCUGCUUUUAUAGAGGAGGGAGGCUGGACCCGUUACCAACAAAACUCCGAGCAAAUCCCGCGAUUUUCGCCAACAAACGCAGCGAAAAACUCGGAACCCUAAUCUGUUCUGCGCGUGCGCGGACCGUCCGGCCUCAGGGCCGGACCGUCCGUCGGCUCAAAUUGGUGCCCAACAGUCUCGCACCCGAGAUAACGACACAUUCUAUCCCCGAUGCGACUACACCACUGUCCGUCAACCAAGAGGUACCAUCAGUUUUCCAUCAUGUUCCCUUUAGAUUCAGCUUCGAUCCACCAAGCGACCCCAGUGGCGGAGGGCGCACAAAAUGUAAGGUAUGGCUAAUUUAUAUAAAUCCGUGUUUCGAAACAGAUUUUAUACAACACCUAUUUCACCGUGGUUCUUAAAUUAAUUAACCAAUAUAUCAAUUCGCUAACUGAUUAAAUAGACUAAACUAGUGAAACAAAAUGAGGUUUAAUUAAAGUAAAUACACUCAUUGCUCUAUAUAAUAAACAAACGCUUAGAGAAGUAAAAUACUGUGCCAUUUUACUUAAUGCGGAAGCCUUAUAAAAGGGGCCAUGGAGCAUUAAUCUCUACUACUAAUUAUAAACCUAAUGUAGGCGUCCACACCCCGCGGUGUUCUGCCGCCCGCGGCUGCACCCUGCCCCGCAUCACGCAAUCCAGCGCAAUUCCCCGGCCCACACGCUCGAGCACGCCCCCUGCCCCACACGCUCGAGCACGCGCCGCCCCGGGGGAUCUGCCACCGCCUCCACCUCUUCCUCGGCCGUGGCGGUGAGCGCAGCGCCGCCCCCAGUGUAGAUCUUGAGGCGGCGACGAAGCUUCAAGCCCACGCGCCCCUCGAGGUAUGGCUACGAUGCAGUCCCCAGGUCGCAACUGAUUUAGACGCAGAGAUGGAGGUGUCGGCGGCCUCCGACGAAACCCUACCGACGUGCUCGACCACCUCAAGCCCCACACUAUCGCUCUCCUCCAUCUUCUCUACAACCGCUGCCCACCUCUAGCUCCGCCUCCUCCCUACGUGAAAUGGGUGGGCAUCGCGCUGGCACAGCUCCAUCUCCGGGCACGCAGGGUGGCGGCGCGUCGCGGAUCUGGAGCUGGUCGAUCAUCACGCGUCGUCGGCAGCCAGGUAAAUCUGACUGAUUCUUCUCCUUACCUGCUUCUCCUGGUGUGGAUCUCGGCUCUCGACGAGUUUCAGGGAUCCAUAGCGGUGGCGGCGGCGGCCAUGGACAAGAGCCCUGGUGCUGCUUCUCACUUACGUCUUUCCUCGUUGGUGAACCGCGGUAUGUGCUGAUCGACCUGUGUGUGGUGCGCGCAGGUCAACGCGAUGCGAAGCUCGCAGGAGAAGAACACGUAGGUGGAGAGCAUGAUCUGAAGGAUCUGGAACCUUGUUAGGAAGGAGAUCUUGUGCCCAUCUCGAUUUUGGUGACUCAAUUUGCAAGUUGGGUUGGGCACGUGAGAUCUGGAACUAUGUUGCAGGCUAAAAAGAUGCCUCUAAAGAAGCUAAAAGAAGAGGAGGGCUAGAGAAGAGGUUAAUUAACAUGGAAGUAGAUGAUUACGUCCAAGACACCAUACCUAGGGAUAACGCAUGGUAACAAAUUGAUUCUUGUUUUUGUCCCCUUCUUUUUCCUGUGUUGUUGUAUGUUUGGAGGAUAGGAUGACCAGAGUUUGCCUGCAACCGAUCUAAAGGUUAGAGCGAGCGCCAUGUGAUGCAGGUAUGUACAUCGCUGUUCCAAAAUUCAUGUGUUUGAUGCCGGAUUGCGUGUAGCUAGCUGUUCAUAGUAGGGAUUAGCGCUGAAAAAUUGGGGGAAAGCAAAGUACACUGGUGACCUCAAGUUCAAUCGAAUCAAUAUGGCACAUCAGUUAGACUGUUUGCUUAUCUUAGAAAAUUGAUUUUUGUUCUUUUUACUACUAAAGCCUUACUUCUCUCUUCUGUAAUUAAAGUGGUGACCAACUUGGAAGGACAGUUCAUAUGUCAAGUUGGGAGUUCUAAGGAAGGAUUGUUUAAUGGCCAAUUUGAUGCUGCCCUAUUUGACCACCCUCAGGGGAAGAAACAACUAUUAUUUCCAUGCAAUAAUAAUAGCUCUUACAAAAACAUGCUAUGAGCUCUUAACAUUUGAGAUAACUAUAUCUUUGAACAAUUGAUCUCUCAGGAAUAUAUGAGGCCUUGGAGUUGAGGGAUGGAGGAUCUGAUUAUCUUGGCAAGGGUGUUCUUAAGCUUUUGGCUUAACAUUUGAGAGGAGAUGGCGGUCACGAUCACGUGGGUGAAGACGAGACAGAUCUUCAUCAGCCGCGGCAACCCCACCGUCGAGGUGGACGUGGGCCUCAGGGAUGGCAGCUACGCGAGGGGGGCCGUACCCAGCGGCGUAUCCACUGUUGAAACCAAGAGUUGUCUCUCCCAAGGACGCAUUUCAUCACCAUCACUAAGCAACGCAUGGGCACAUCACCAGGGCAUCGAAGAAAAAACUCUUUCUGUCCAACCUCCUCCGACGAUCAUCCUCCUGUCUGUUCCGAUCUCGUGCGGGCUCCACCAUUGUAAUGCUUGCCACCGGUACAGGUAUUGCUCCGUUCUGCUUGUUCCUGUGGAACAUGUUCUUUAAGAAACAUGACCACUACAAGGUAUAAGCACCUUAGCUGUCAGUGGAUGCCAUGGCAGUGGAUGAGGGUGACAGAGCUAUUGAUUCCAACUCAUCUGCAUUUGGAAGCAUCAGAUGAACCUGAUCAAUGUGACAUGUAUGAAGCUGACAGUAAAUCAUCCUCAACGCCGCAGAUGCAUACAAACUCAAAGGCAAGCUCUCAGCGUUACAAGUCAAGUAGAACAAAUGACGAGUGAAAUUGAGGAGCCCAGGGUACCUAAUUUAAUGUUUGUUCUAAGAAAAUUUUGAGUUUCAGAAUACAUAUGUAAAUCAGGAUAUAUGUGUAUAUGUGUGUGUUCUUGUGCUUUGAGCUAACCAACUAUGUUUAAGUACUUCUCCCCAUGUUCUUUAUUGUUUAUAAUUUGUUA